CUGUGGAAUUCGCUUCGAUUUAGUUCCCCUAGUUCUUUCUGAAUCAGUUUUAUUCUAGGUCGUGAUAGAUUGCGUUGGCAGCUUUUUUCUGUGUGCAGAGAAGUUCUUAUCGUCUGAAACAGGUAAGUAACACUAAUCAUCCUACCACAUACUCGUUUUAACAGCCAAGUGAAAAACAGCGAUUUUUAACAGCGUUCUUUUAUAGCGAAAGUGCGCGACAUCAAAACUAAGAUUUUUUAGAGUUGUAAAACAAUUACAACAUCAGCGUUCCUUUUCCUUAUUCCAAGAAUUCAAAUCAGCAUUCUAACUACCGAAUUCAAUUAAACGGAUCCCGCAAAAGAUUUUUCUAAGAAUAAGAAUUUAUUAGCCUUCAGAUUGGUCUACUACGAAUAAAAAUUUUUGGCCUCAACAAGUAUAACCACGUCGGCGAUUAAAGAGAGCUUCCGACGAUUCCACUUACCUGAUUACCACGUGGUUUACCCCUACUGAGGAAAUUCGUGUUGUUUACAAGCAUUAUAGCCUAGGUAUCGAAAGUUCAAUUGGAUCAAGAUCAUCAUUAAGUAGUAUAGCAUAACCGUAUGAUGUUAAGCAUUUGAAUUUGAUUUAAGGAUUAACGAAGGAAAGACAAGUAUUUCAACAAGCAUUUCAAGAACCGCAUAUCCAAACUAAAAACAACAGAAACGGAAAACUGCUAGAAUUCAGUGACUGAAUUUGAUAAUAAUUUUUUAAAUCUAAAAAAAGACUAAUCGAAAAUGACGGCGUCUGUGAUGGUGAAGGAUGAGGAGAAGAUGGACUUCCCUAUGGUCCAUGACUUCGAAGAACUGAAUCUCCAAGAGAAUCUGUUGCGAGGUACUGUCGAAUUUUAAGGCUUUGAAUCUAUAAUUACUUUGAAUUAAUGUCAGUUGCUCAUUUUGCAACACAUUUACAAUCAUGAUGAUGUUUCUGUUCCCAACGUGAGUUGUAAUGGAAUCCUUUCGACAAGAAUCUUUUCCUUGCCUCCAGCACGACUCAAAAUUUCCAUAUUUGUUAAGGUAUCUACUCCUACGGUUUCGAGAAACCGUCUGCAAUCCAGCAACGAGGCAUCACCCCUAUCCUGGCUGGUCGGGACACAAUCGGACAGGCGCAAUCCGGUACAGGAAAGACCGCAACCUUCGUCAUCGGAGGUCUCCAAAAAAUCGAUGUUUUGCAAAAGGGAGUUCAAGUGCUCAUUCUAGCACCGACGCGAGAGUUGGCGAACCAGAUCCAUAUGGUAAGUAGGCGAUUUUUCCUUUACUUUGUUAUAAGUUCUUUGCCUAAAAGUUCUUGUACAAAGAAGAUAUUCUUGUAGACACAUCAUUCAAGUUAAUAUUUUCGAUAGAUUUCAUGAUGUGAUUUGGAUUUCUCCCUCACCACAGACUCAUUCCCCCUAGUACUUGAAUCCGUCAAACUAAUACAGGUCGUCAAAAACUUUUCGAUGUACAUGCAAAUUGAGUCGCAUGUCUGCACUGGAGGAACCGAUGUCAAAUCCGACGUUGACAGACUCAACAACGGUAAAUUUUAUGGACGUCCUUCACUCUCCACCGUUUACCCCUCUUCAAUUUCAAUUUCCCCUCUUCAAUUUCAAUUUCCCCUCUUCAAUUUCAAUUUCCCUUCUUCAAAAAUACAGGUUGCCACAUCAUUGUCGGCACUCCUGGUCGCGUCUUUGACUUGAUCUACAAGCGACACUUGAAGGUCGAUGACAUAAAACUUUUGGUGUUGGACGAGGCGGAUGAAAUGCUUGGCAACCGAGGAUUCAAGGAGCAGGUCUAUGACAUCUUCAAAUAUUUGCCAUCCGAAGUGCAGGUGAGUCUCUUUUCCGCAACCCUGCCGCCAGAAAUUUUGGACUUGACCACCCGAUUCAUGCGUUCUCCAGUCAGAAUAUUGGUCAAGAAGGACGAGUUGACCUUGGAGGGUACAACUUCUCAUUAUACUUCAAAACCAAAAAUCAAACCAUGGCGUGAGUGUUCAAAAAUACUCUGCUUCUAUUAUCCUUAUGCUUGUGCUUUUUGACCAACGAACAGGUAUCUCCGAGUUCUACAUCUACGUUGAUGAGGAGAAGAACAAACUCGCUGUUCUCUCUGAUCUCUACGAAACUUUGACGAUUCAGCAGUCCAUCAUCUACUGCAACACGAAGCACAAGGCGAACUGGCUAGCGGAACAGAUGAACGACUUGGACCAUGCGGUCAGCGUUAUCCACGCCGAUUUCGACCAAAAACAGCGAGAAACCGUCAUGAAGGAAUUCGUCCACGGUGCAAGCCGAGUCCUGAUCUCAACGGAUCUGUUGGCGAGAGGUAAUUUUUUCUACGGUUGUUGUUUUUGUUUUUGGAGCUUAGGGUAUGAGUAUUAAAUAUUGAUUCGCUAUCAACGAUUCAACCUGAGUCUUCUCUCUUCUAGUACGGCUAGAAUCAACUUUCCAAGGUUGCUACCCAUGACAAUUACAUGUAUAGUCCAGCUAGGAUCCUGAUGAAAAAGUUGCUCAUAGUAAGAAAUACAAUGAGCCCCAGGAGAUAGCCGCGGUCAUUGUGAUUGCGUUUAGGCAUUGUCGUACAUACAAGGUUCAGAUGUUGGUCAUUACUUCUUCUCUACGCGUGGAAAUAGGCAUAUCAGUAGAGCGUGUAAACACACAGCAGUACCACUAGGAACAGAAUCGUCUCAAGAACCCUGUAGGUGUAAUCAUCCACACGAACUUCUUUUAUGCUGCACAUUGUAGUCAAGUCCGAUAACCUCCUCCUCUUAGUUCUUCCACGACAGGAUAGACAAUCCACAUGAACCCUCGCACAUCAGGUAUCGAUAUCCAGCAAGUUUCUUUGGUGAUCAACUACGAUUUGCCGGUGAAGAUGGAGAACUACCUGCAUCGUAUCGGUCGAUCCGGUCGUUACGGUCGUAAGGGUGUGGGAAUCAACUUCUGCACCGAGAAGGAUAAGGCCUAUCUGAAGGAAAUCGAGCGCUACUACGGAACACAGAUCCAAGAGAUGCCUCAGGAUUUGGAGACCUACUUGUAAAUGCGAAAAAUGUAGGAACAAGAUUUGAUACUUGUAGUGGAUGUAGGAACAAGAUUUGACGUCGUGGUGGAGACCUACUCCUACUUGUAGACGGAGUAGGAAGAUUUGCCGUGGUGGAGAAGUAGUAGGAUGACUACAGGGUAGGGAAUAGUUGUGCGUAGAAGAUGACGGAGUCGGAGCAGAACUUCUAGUGCAACAGUUCGGCAUCGGCUCGGAGGAGGAGAUUUGAAGAGAUUCCACUACUGUGAAUCUUCGCGGAGUUGGACAUGGAAGUCGCGUCUUUGAGCCUGGCGAGUUUCAUUUCUUACAUCGCUCGAGACGGACCGGGGUUUAGUGGUGGUGUCUCCUUCUGCUUCCUCUUCGGUAAUGUGUCUUCACCGCAAAGCAAAAGACGAACGAGGAGCAAGAAUUGACCAGCAAGACCAGUGUUUUACUAGAAUAUCAAAGCAGAUCAAGAACUAGAACUAUGCAGCAGUUUUCAUCAUUACUAAAUCACAUGGAGCAGCGACUGGCAGCGGCUCUUCUGUCGUGGGAACGAGUAUGUUGUUGCAGGAGGCAAGAUAGAACUCUUUCUCGCUUUAGGUGGAUGCUGUUUCUUCACAGGUCGUGACACGUAGAACUUUUUCACUUUUUUAUCUACAUUGAGCUUGAAGCGGAUGAAACAAUCUUCGGAGGAAGAUGUUGUCGUCCGACUCGCACUCGGAACCAAGACGUUUUAUUUUCAAGUAAUUGCAAACAACCAGGAUGAGAAAAGAACCAAAAGGAACCAAACGGAUAGAAAGGAACAGUAGAAGCACAUAUAUGUUUAGGUUACACCAACUCUGUUGAGCGAAGAAGGUACUAUUACAAAAGUACCACAUCAACAGGGAAGAGUCGUUUCGUUACGUUUCGUUACGAAGAACAUGCACCGAUCGAUUUCAAGCACGGACAAGCGCGGAGAAAUAGGACUCAUGAGAUCGACAUACUGAAUCUAGAUGUAGAAGGAGCACAAGCACUUUGUAUUUAUGAUCACGUUACGUAGAAGGGCGCCCUACUAGGUACUUACUACCAACAGGACAGAUUAUGGUAUACUAUUACAUGUUGCGCGUUACCAUUUGAUGUCAUAUGAGGAAGCAUAAAAAUCGCCAUGUUGAAUGAAUCCUUCAUCUUCUGAGUUCUUAGACACUAACUAUGAUUCCUUGCCUUGCACGAAGACCAAUCGUGUUGAGCCAUAAUAAUACUAAAAAUGUUGUUGUUGUAGUAUAGCAUUUAUACUUUCAUCAUUUUGGUCCGUUCCUACAGGCGCAGCGCUACGACUUCAACAUCAACGACCUUGAAGAUUGCUUCAAGCUUCCAAAGCGAGCCUUGAACGCUAUCAAAGCGAACCUUGUUGAUUGUGCUCAAUCUUAGUAGUGCUACGACUUUUUUAUGUCCUCGUAUGAUUGAUAUCGAAUGCACCUCUUGAGAUGAAGCCCUCGUGAUUGCUUUUUAUCUCCUCCUGUAGUGGACCUUUAUUGAGGGCGUCAUUGAUGCAACAUGAAGACGAUUUGACUGAACCAAGAAAUCUAUGAGUAGAAGCAUCAGAUCUAUAAUAAGCAAUGGCAUGAUGGGCUUCCUGAAGCCAGCGGCUGUGCUCAUGCUAGUUGUGUUUGUGCCGAUGGUAGUUGCGUUUUUUAUUACUGCUGUCGGCGAAGUACCGCGAACAUCAUUGAAACUUUGAGUUGAGGGCUUUGAGACGUUGAGACUUGAAGACAUUGAGAGUUGUGAGCUUGAAGACUUGAGAGGUGUUCCUAGACGAGCCGAGGGCUCAAACUUGGUCGGUCACGACAGGUUUAAUAUUGAUUCCUUUCGGUGAACAGAAUCGGUAUGCAUCGUUUUCGAGCUCUGUGAUUAUGGUUUCCACAAUGCGAAUGGCAGGCAGCAUCAGAGACGUGUGGCGCACGACAUAUCUAUCAAUAUCCAUCGGUCUAAUAUGGAAAUCGGUGGAGAUGAUCUUCCGCAUCCUCAUGAUUGCGAUCGGUAUUCGCCGAUGAAAUCGGUUUUCAGCUCUCAACACCGAAGUCUUCCACCUCAAUACCGCGUAGUUGUGCUUACUACAACUUGUUUUUAUUUCUUGCUUUUUUUAUUCCUCAUCUUGUUUUUGGAUUUUCUACAUACAUAGAGUGAACUUCUCUCAAAAAAGAAGCUACAUCCUCAGUAAACAACAACAGCAACAACAACAACAAGUAAUCCAUAAAGAGAAAGGUAGCGCUACUCACAGGAAACUCAAUUAUAAUUCAAUUGACUCGGAGGCAAUAUAGCUGCAUCGCGAUCUGAGACUCAGGAAGCCAAAAAAUCCAAGAAUUUUGACUUUUAAAGUCACAGUCACGCACAAGAUGCCGUACGGUCAGGAACGAGAUGUCACUACUGAGGAUGUCAUCUGGCAAAAACGGUGUGAGCGUGAGGUGUAUGCUCAGACUCGCGCUGUCUAUGAUAAAUACUACAAGAACGCUGCUGAAGUUAAGAACUUUUUUAUUCCUGUCUAUGAUAAAUACUACAAGAACGCUGCUGAGUGAAGUUAAGGAGAGACUCUUCACUAGGCUAACGAGGUGUUAAGGCUAACAGUAGCACGAAGUAGAUCGUGUCCUUUUCUGUGGUGAACCGUGGGUUUAUUUGGUGAACCGGUACCCCAUUGCGAAUAAACCUGUGCACACAACCAUAGAACUGUGCACUCAACCAUAGAACUGUUGCGCAGGGCUCCGGCCUGACUUUUCUUUUUUCGGUUUUUGGAUUUUUCUAGUUAGAGAAACUCUUCACUCAACCACCGACAGUGAGAAACUAGCUCUAAUGAAGAGCCCAAUAAAAUCAGCUUUGCAGAUUCCCGAGAUACGGCGCAGGAACUGAUUAACGGGUAUUGUUUGUCCAUCUAUGGGUAUUGUUUGUCCAUCUAUGGGUAUUGUUUGUCCAUCUAUGGGUAUUGUUCGUUGUUUAUGGGGUGACUGAUGCGUCCGGUUUGUUUCUGUACGAGGAGUGGAUUGAUGGGUAAGGGUUGUACAGUUUGUCAGUUUUUAGGAGUGAAUUAAUUUUGAUACAUGGUUACAACUGCUUGUUGCACUUGUUCUAGUUCUAUCUUGUUGUUCUUUAAUAUGUCGCUUUUUUUUCAGACACCCACUUCGUCUUCACGACCAACUCUUAGAUCGUCUUCCCAUUUCCCUUCCGAACAAACUAGGUACGUCCGCGUGAAGACGACUCCAAGUCUUGCUGGUUCCAAUGCUGGGAAUCACGUUGUACUCCCACGAAAGCAGGCCGGCAAAUCGCAUGAAAUCGGAACGCCAGUAAAAUCGAGUUUUUCGGCUUCAGGCAGUACUGGUGCGAGAAAAGGAGGAAAGGAGGAGAAGAAGUAUUAAGAAAAUUGUAACAAGCAUAAGUUGAAGUUCAUCUUUUUUUAUUCUUUCGUACUAGCCUUAGCCUAAUUUUGUUAGGGAAAUAACAAGAAUCAAUAAAAAUGACCAGUUUAUCCGAGUCAAAAGUUUCCAUUCUUGGAUUUCGUCGUCGAACGAUGGCGAACUUUUCUAGAAUAUUGUCGUACUCCUACACCGAGCAACAACCAUCAAAAAAACAAUCUUCAGGCCCUCUUCCAGCAACCUUAUAUGACGCUUAAAACAACCAUCUUCAGGUGCUCUUCUACCUGAAGAUGGUUGUUUUAAGCAUCAUUGCUAGUUGUGUUUGUGUCGAUGGUAGUUGCGUUUUUUAUUACUGCUGUCGGCGAAGUACCGCGAACAUCAUUGAAACUUUGAGUUGAGGGCUUUAAGACGUU